AUGCCAUCUAAAAGUGCAAAGAGCUCCACCGCCGCCUCCUCCAAGUCAGCAGGAAAGGGGUCGCAGCCUCGGGAUGACUCCAGCUCCGAGGACGAGCUGGACGUAGCCCCCCGAGGAAGCGGCUCCAAUGGCCAAGGGAAGGAGGCACCACCGCCGCCGACAACUGCCUCUGCCACAGAUCCGCCUGCCGGGGAGGCUGCCGAGGCGGUUGAUAGUCGUCCUUUGGAGGAGAUUCUCGGUAGCAUCCCUCCACCCCCGCCCCCAGCCAUGACCAAUGAGCCGGGCGCUCCUCGCCUCAUGAUAACGCAUUUAGUCAAUCGCAACUUCAAGUCGUACGCUGGGGAGCAGAUUCUGGGGCCCUUUCACAAGCGCUUUUCCUGCAUUAUUGGUCCAAAUGGAAGUGGCAAGUCCAAUGUGAUCGACUCCAUGCUAUUUGUGUUUGGAUACAGAGCUCAAAAGAUCCGAUCGAAAAAGCUGUCGGUGCUUAUCCACAGUUCUGAUCAGCACAAAGAUGUGCAAAGCUGUACUGUGGAAGUGCAUUUUCAAAAGAUUAUUGAUAAGGAAGGAGAUGACUACGAAGUCAUCCCCAACAGCAAGUUCUAUGUUUCCAGGAGCGCCAACAAAGACAAUUCCUCAGCCUACUAUAUCAACGGCAAAAAAGCCACAUUAAAGGAAAUGGGCACUCUGCUUCGAAGCCAUGGCAUCGACUUGGACCACAACAGAUUUCUCAUCCUGCAGGGUGAGGUGGAGCAAAUUGCUAUGAUGAAACCCAAAGGUCAGACGAACCAUGAAGAGGGAAUGCUGGAGUACCUGGAGGACAUUAUUGGCUCCUGUCGCCUGAAGGAGCCCAUCCUUACUCUCGCCCGCAGAACUGAAAUGCUUAAUGAACAGAGGGGCGAGAAGCUCAACCGAGUCAAGCUCGUGGAGAAGGAGAAGAAUGCUCUCGAGGGAGAAAAGAACAAAGCCGUGGAGUUUCUCACUCUAGAAAAUGACAUCUCCAAACAAAAGAGUUGCCUUUACCAAUAUAACAUUCAUAAUAUGCAGAAGAGUGUGGAAGAUAAAGAACAGAAAAAGCAGAAGAUCUUGGAGGACAAUAAAGAACUUACUGAGAAAACUGCUAAGAUAUCCAAAGAGUUGGAACAAAUGAAUCAAAAGCUUGCACAUGUGGAGAAAAAGCAGAACAAGAUCAAAGUGUACAUGGAGACUCAGAAGGAGAAAUUCACCCAGCUGGACCUGCAGGAUGUUGAAGUGCGUGAGAAGAUCAAACACUCAAAGAGCAAGAAAAUGAAGUUGCAGAAGCAGCUGGAGAAGGAAAAAGAAAAGCUGGAAGAGGUACGCAGCGUACCCGCCAACAGUGAAAAGGCCAUCUCGGAGGCAACCGCUCAAAAGGAAGAGCUGGAGAAGCAGAGGGGUAAAGAAGAGGAGAAACUCAAGGAGGUGAUAGAAAGUCUAAAAGAAGAAACCAGCGGAUUGCAACAGGAAAAAGAGACCAGAGAGAAAGAGCUGAUGGAGCUAAGCAAGGCGGUGAACGAGACCCGCUCUCGUAUGGACCUAGCACAAUCUGAGCUCGAGAUCUAUCUCAGCCGCCAUAACACAGCCGUGACGCAGCUCAACUCUGCCAAACAGACCCUUCAAACCACGUCGGACACGCUGCGGGACCGUCGUGCUGCUAUUAAAGAACUGGAAGUCAACAUACCGCAGAGGGAGAAAGAGCUCAAGAAGGACGAGGAAGAGCUGGAGGGUUUGUUAAGGAUGGAUAAUGAAACCCGUCAGAUUGUGAGGGAAAUGAGGCAGAAAGUGGACGAGGCCAAAAGCUCUCUGUCAUCCAAUCGCAGUCGAGGGAAAGUCCUGGAUGCUCUCAUGCAUCAGAAAAGGAGUGGCAGAAUUUCCGGUAUCCUUGGAAGGCUGGGAGACCUGGGAGCCAUUGACGAGAAGUACGACGUGGCCAUUUCCUCUAGUUGUGGUGCUCUGGAUCACAUCGUGGUUGACACCAUUGACACAGCUCAGAAAUGUGUCACGUUUCUCAAAGAACAAAACAUUGGCGUGGCAACCUUCAUUGGUCUUGACAAGAUGAAGGUGUGGGAGAAGAAUAUGAGACCGAUCCGCACGCCAGAGGACAGUCCACGUCUUUUUGACAUGGUGAGAGUGAAUGAUGCCAACGUUCGUCCCGCCUUUUACUUUGCCCUGAGGGACACACUAGUGGCUCAGGACAUGGAGCAAGCUACGAGGAUGGCUUUCCAGAAAGAUAAGCGAUGGAGAGUGGUUACCCUCAAGGGCCAGAUCAUCGAGAUGGCUGGAACCAUGACUGGAGGAGGAAGAGUGAUGAAGGGCAGGAUGGGCUCCUCUCUGAACACUGAGGUUUCCCAGGUGGAGCUCGACCGUAUGGAGAGCAAGCUGAACGAGAACGUGACAAAGCUGCAGGGCUGCCAGGAGAGGAAGCUGCAUUUAGAAGAAAAUGUCCAGCGUCUCCGCUCCCAGCUCCGAGACAUGAAGAACACGCUGGAGAAAUACGCCAACAGCAUGACCAGUCUGGCAGAACAAGAGAAUCACCUAAAGGUGCAGAUGAAGGAACUAGAGGGCAACGUGUUGGCUGCUGCCCCAGACAAGACCAAGCAGAAGCAGAUGGAGAAGAGCCUGGAGGCCUUCAAGAAAGACUUUGAAGCGGCAUCCUGUAAAGCCGGAAAGGUGGAAAAUGAGGUGAAGAGGCUCCACAACCUGAUCGUGGAAAUAACCAACCACAAACUGAAGGCUCAGCAGGACAAGCUGGACAAGAUCAACAAAUCUCUCGAUGAAUGCACUUCUACCAUCACUAAGGCUAAGGUUGCCGUCAAAACGGCAGAUCGGAACCUGAAAAAGUGCGAGGAGAACUUGGCCCGCGUGCAGGCAGAGCUGGAUGACAUUGAGAAGUCUUUGGUGAAGUUCACGGAGCAGCUAAGGGAACUGGAGGAGGAGGCGGGCCAAAUUAUGAAAUCGUGUCAAGAAGCUGAGGCGGCACGCUCAGAGGUGCAGGAUCAGUACCAGACGGCAGAGAACGAGAUCAAGGUCCUGCAAGAGCAGGAACACGCCCUGCAGGAGGAAUCUCUAAACGUCCGGCUGCAAGUGGAGCAGAUGGAGGCAGCCGUCGCCGAGUGUAAGGGCAAGAUCAGUAACUGGCAGAAGCAGGCUGAGAAGCUCUCGCUGCACACCGUGGAGGGAGCACCGGACGAACAGCUUCCGGUCUUAUCGGCCGAGCAGCUAGAAGAAAUCUCCGACCGAGAAGUCAUUACGAAAAAGAUUAUGAGCUUGGAGACCAAGCGCAGUGAGAUGAAGCCCAACCUCGGGGCCAUUGCGGAGUAUAAGAAGAAGGAAGAGCUCUAUUUGCAGCGUGUUGCCCAGUUGGACGAGAUCACAACCCAACGAGACAACUUCAAACGGGGCUACGAGGACCUCCGCAAACAGCGGCUCAACGAGUUCAUGAGUGGCUUCAAUAUGAUCACUAAUAAGCUGAAGGAGAACUACCAGAUGCUGACGCUGGGAGGCGACGCGGAGCUGGAGCUGGUGGACAGUCUGGACCCCUUCUCUGAGGGCAUCAUGUUCAGCGUGCGUCCUCCAAAGAAAAGUUGGAAAAAGAUCUUUAAUUUGUCAGGAGGGGAGAAGACCCUUAGCUCCCUGGCUCUGGUGUUCGCACUGCAUCACUACAAGCCCACGCCGCUCUACUUCAUGGACGAAAUCGAUGCGGCGCUCGAUUUCAAGAAUGUCUCCAUCGUGGCCUGCUACAUCUACGAGCAAACUAAGAACGCCCAGUUCAUCAUCAUCUCUUUGAGGAACAACAUGUUUGAAAUAGCUGAUCGCCUCAUCGGUAUCUACAAGACUCAUAACACCACCAAGAGCGUCGCGAUCAACCCCAAGACUAUUGUGUUCCGAGAACACCAUGCCGUCACUGCCUAA